CCCAGCCCGCGCCCCGCCAUGUCGUGCGUGCACUACAAGUUCUCCUCCAAGCUCAACUAUGACACGGUCACCUUCGACGGGCUGCACAUCUCUUUGAGCGACCUCAAACGCCAGAUCAUGGGCCGAGAGAAGCUGAAGGCUGCCGACUGCGACCUGCAGAUCACCAACGCGCAGACCAAAGAAGAAUACACUGAUGAUAGUGCCCUGAUCCCCAAGAACUCAUCGGUGAUUGUGAGGAGAAUCCCCAUUGGAGGAGUUAAAGCCACCAGCAAAACAUAUGUUAUAAGUCGAAGUGAGCCAGUGAGUGGGACAUCAAAAGCAAUUGAUGACUCUUCUGCAUCUAUUCUUAUGGAGCAGCUCAGCACUACUGCCAAUCUGGCUGAAGCCAAUGCUUCCGAGGAGGAUAAAAUAAAAGCUAUGAUGACACAGUCUGGCCAUGAAUAUGAUCCAGUCAAUUACAUGAAGAAGCCUGUGGGGCCACCUCCCCCCUCAUACACCUGCUUCCGCUGUGGCAAGCCCGGGCACUACAUAAAGAACUGUCCGACCAAUGGGGACAAAAACUUUGAGUCUGUUCCCAGAAUUAAAAAAAGCACAGGAAUUCCAAGAAGUUUCAUGAUGGAGGUUAAGGACCCCAAUACAAAGGGUGCCAUGCUGACCAACACUGGGAAAUACGCAAUUCCAACCAUCGACGCGGAAGCCUAUGCUAUAGGAAAGAAGGAGAAGCCUCCCUUCCUGCCCGAGGAGCCAUCGUCCUCCUCAGAAGAGGAUGAUCCUAUUCCAGAUGAGCUGUUGUGUCUCAUCUGCAAGGACAUAAUGACAGAUGCUGUUGUUAUUCCCUGCUGUGGAAACAGUUACUGUGAUGAAUGUAUCAGAACAGCACUGCUGGAGUCAGAGGAGCACACGUGCCCAACCUGCCAUCAGACAGACGUUUCUCCUGACGCUUUAAUCGCCAACAAAUUCCUGCGCCAGGCUGUGAACAACUUCAAAAAUGAAACUGGCUACACGAAAAGGCUCCGUAAGAUACAGCAGCAACAGCAAACCAUAACGCGCAACCUGCAGCCGCUGAUGCGCCCGGCCCUGGCCAGGCAGCAGGACCCGCUCAUGAUCCCGCUGGCUUCCCUGGCCUCCCGCUCCGCCCUCUCCUCCUUGGGCCCUGGGCCGUCCGUGGCAGCUGGGCUGCCCGUCAAUCCGUCGUCCGUGGUUGUCUCUGAUCUCCCUCCAGCAGUGUCCCUGUCUCUCCGUGGGGAAAAGCCAGACGGACCUUUCCGCGAUGCCGAUGCCGUUUUGCCUCCUUCUCUGAUGUCUGCUGAUCUUUCCAAACCUUCCCCUUUGUCAAUCACCAGUUUGUUGGAAGAGAAGGGCUAUCAGGUUCCUGUACUGAGACAACCAGCAUUACCAAGUCUUCUGGGCCCUCAAGGACAAUCAAUACCCACAACUGGUCAUCCAAUGAGAGCUGGUGCCCUUCGCAGGCCAGGCUGGGAGCUUUCAAAUCGAGGACGCCCGCACAGUGACCGUGCCCAAAGGACUCAGGCCCCGUCACUGCCAGCAUCUGCACCAGUCUUUGUGCCUGUGCCUCCACCUCCCUUGUAUCCUCCACCACCCCAUGCACUUCCUCUUCCUCCGGGGGUACCACCACCACAGUUUCCUCCUCAGUUUCCACCUGGGCAACCUCCGUCCGCUGGGUACUCUGUUCCCCCUCCUGGAUAUCCCCCAGCUCCUGCAAACAUGUCAUCAGCUUGGGUCCCAACAGCAGUGCCAGCAGCUCAUUCAAACACCAUCCCAACGACACAAGCACCUCCUCUCUCUAGGGAGGAGUUUUACAGAGAGCAGCGGAGGCUUAAAGAGGAGGAAAAGAAAAAGUCCAAACUUGAUGAGUUUACAAAUGAUUUUGCUAAGGAAUUGAUGGAAUAUAAAAAGAUUCAAAAGGAGCGUAGGCGUUCGUUUUCCAGGUCCAAGUCUCCCUAUAGUGCUUCGUCUUACUCUAGAAGCUCGUACACCUACUCCAAGUCGCGCUCAGGUUCCUCCCGCUCGCGCUCCUACUCCCCCGUCUUCCGGGGCCAGUCCCCCAGCAAACGGGCCGUCCCGCAGGGCGAGGCGGAGCGCGAGUACUUCAACCGGUACAGAGAAGUGCCCCCGUACGACAUGAAGGCUUACUACGGCCGCUCGGUGGACUUCAGAGACCCGUUUGAGAAGGAGAGGUACAGAGAGUGGGAGAGGAACUACCGAGAGUGGUAUGAGAAGUUCUACAAGGGCUAUGCCGUGGGUGCGCAGCCGCGGCCUCCGGUGAACAGAGAGAACUUCUCCCCGGAAAGGUUUGGCCCCCCUGGGACCAGACGAGAGAAUUCGCCGUACACUCGAGGCCGGAGGGAGGAGUAUCCCGGUGGGCAGAGCCACAGAAAUCGUAACGUAGCUGGAAACUACCCUGAAAAGGCUGGAAGAGAGAGUCAUGGCAUCAAAGAUCCUACAAAAUCAAAAGAGAAGGAGGUGGAAAAUCCACUGGGAGAUGGCAAAGGCAAUAAACAUAAAAAACACCGGAAGAGAAGAAAAGGGGACGAGAAUGAAGCAUUUCCCAGUGCUGAGCUGUUAGAAGCAGGGAGGAAACCAAGAGAGACAGUUCCAACAGAAGAGGCUAAAGCAGACUCUCUGUUCAUGCUCCCGAGCAGGGAUGAUGCCACCCCUGUGCGGGAUGAGCCCAUGGAAGCUGAUUCUAUUGCUUUCAAACCAGUGUCUGAAAAGGAGAAGAAAGAGAAGGAUAAGCCAAAAGCAAAGGUUGAGAAGACAAAGCGGAAGGUAGAAGUGGCAGUUGCUCCAAAGAAAGACAAUGCAGUGAAACCAGCUAAGGCUUCCCAGGAGAAGGUGGACCCCGACCGUGAAAAAUCUCCUCGAGCAGAGCCUCCCGUGAAGAAAGUGAAGGAGGAGCUGCCAAAGACAGACAGUGUUAAAGCCUCCUCCUCCCAGAAGGAUGAGAAGGCUCUUGGGACCCCACGGAAGGCUCACCCUAAAGUGGCAAAGGAUCACCCAGAAACCAGACCAGCCAAGGAGGAGAAGGCAAAGAAAGAGCACCCGAAAGAAGCCAAGUCGGAGAAGCCCUCCAGCAAGGAGGACAAGUCCAAAAAACCUGCUGAGAAAAGCAAAACUUCCGAUGCCAAACCUGAGAAGAGGAAAAGAAAAGCAGAGGAAAAGGUUGAUAAGGAGCAUGAAGCCGCUUCUGCAAAGGCCUCUAAACCCGAAACUGCGGAAUCGAAAGCAUCGCCCAAGGGCAAGGCUGAGCCCGAGGGGGAGAAAGGGGAGCGCACACCAGAGAAGGAUAAAGCUGCUUUCCUGAACAACCCCUCCAAAAAGAUUAAACUGAACCGAGAGACUGGCAAAAAGAUUGUGAGUGGAGAGAACGUGCCACCCGGAAAAGAGGCUGUGGAGAAGCCAGAGCCAAGCAGCAGCAAAGCCAAACCGGAAAAAGCCAAGGGAAAAGCCAGAAGGAAAGUGACGGCAGCUGAUGGAUCUAGCUCAACUCUUGUGGAUUAUACCAGCACGAGUUCCACAGGGGGAAGCCCUGUCAGGAAGCCUGAGGAGAAGCCAGACACCAAGCGGACUGUCAUUAAAACUCUGGAGGAGUAUAACAACGACAUCACAGCCCCUGCCGAAGAUGUCAUUAUCAUGAUCCAGGUCCCACAGUCUAAGUGGGAUAAAGACGACUUUGAGUCUGAAGAGGAAGACGUCAAAUCCACCACCCAGGUGCCCCCAGCUGUAGGAAAACCUGCCAGUGUUAUCAAACCCGUGAGCGUGAAGGCACCAAACCCCCUCAAACACACGGAAAAGGAGAUGGAUCCUCUGGAGAAAACACAGAAAGCUGCAAAAGAGACGAGUUAUGAAAGCGCCCAGCACGAUGCCAAGAGUUCAAAGAGUUCUGUGUCCGGUGAGAAAGGCAAAACCAAAGAGCGGGAUCACUCUCUGUCAGACAAGGACACUUCGGACAAGAGGAAGAGCAGUGUCCAGCCAGAAAAAGAGCACUUGGAACGUGCAGCCGAACAAGGAAAUGGAAAAGCUAUUUCUCAAUCUUCCAAAGAGGGCAGAUCUUCGGAGAAACACGACAGUGGCCGUGGCUCCGCCACCAAGGACUUCACUCCCAAUCGAGACAAAAAGUCUGAGCACGAGGGCAGCAGGGAGCAUUCCGGUUCCAAGCGCAGGGACGAGAAGAGUGAAUCUGCACGGAGGAAAGACUCCCCGUCCCGGAACAGAGACUCCGCAGCAGUGCAGAAGAGCAAACCGAGGGAGGAGCGCGUGGAGCCGCCCAAGAAGGGCCCUGCGGAGGCCAAGCGGAGCAGUUACAGCCCCGCACGGGAGCGCAAGCCCGUGGAGCACAAGGCUGUGCAUGACUCCAAGCGCCCCGCAGAGGAACACAAACCUCCGGAGAAGAACCCAGGGAAGGAGAAGGAGAAGGAGAAAGAGAAGGAGAAAGACAAAGAGAAACAUGUGCCGGAAGUCAAGAGCAAUAAGGAGAAGGAGACAGGUGGGAAUAAAACACCUGUGAAACAGGAGCCGCCAGAAGUUAAGCCUGAGAAGGAGAACGUGGCGGGACAGAGCGACAAGGGGGCGGCGAAGCCGAAGCCGCAAAAAAAAACGCGCCUCUCCUCCGACCCCACCCGCGAGACCGACGAGGCUGCCUUCGUGCCGGACUACAACGAGAGCGACAGCGAGAGCAACGUGUCUGCCAAGGAGGAGGAGGCUGCGGGGAAAACCCCGAAGGAAGCAGCGAAGGAAAAGGCUGUGGACAAGGUGAAAGAGGAAGCGGCAGCCCCAGCUCCGGCCGAGCAGCCCGAGGCAGGCAGGAGCCAGAGCCAGAGCAGCCCCAGCGUCAGCCGCAGCCGCAGCCACAGCCCCUCCGAGAGCCAGACUCGGAGCCACAGCAGCAGUGCCAGCUCAGGGGAGAGUCAGGACAGCAAGAAAAAGAAAAAGAAGAAAGAGAAGAAGAAGCACAAGAAGCACAAGAAACACAAGAAGCAUAAGAAACACGUGGGAAAUGAACCAGAAUUGGAAAAGAGCCAAAAACACAAACACAAGAAGAAAAAGUCAAAGAAGAGCAAAGAUAAAGAGAAAGACGACCAAAAAGUGAAAUCUGUCACGACAUAAACCGACAGAUAAUGAAAAAGUGACUUAAUUCCUAAGUCAUCUGUAUUAAAUUUUGUUAAAAUGUAAACGACUUCAAGCGUUGUAAAUAAUGACAUGAAGACCCUGUGCUGCACUUAAAAUAUUGCUGCUUGAUUAUUUGAUUUUUACAUCAGAGCUUUAUAAAAGUGAACAUUUUGUACAGAAUUGUGAGUUGUGACCAUGUAACAUGAAAGGUUUUGCUGGGGCAUCUUCUUUUUAACCACCGUUAAUUAGUUUGGGUGGAGUUUACUGUACUGUGAAGAUUUUCACAUUUGGGUUUUUUUUAAUUGCCUGGCAGAAGCAGCUGGUUCCAGUUACAGCACCGGCAAGAUGAAUUGCAGAUCCAUUACAGCCCUGUUAUGUCACUUUUUGAUUACAAUAAAAAAGUUUUCAGUAAAC